AUGGUAUACACAUGCCCCAGAACGCGGAGGAUCAAGAAACGAGAUAAGAAGGACGAGAAGCGACCGAGGACCGCGUUCACGUCCGAUCAGCUGGCCAGGCUCAAGAAAGAGUUCCAGGAAAACAGAUACCUGACAGAGAAGAGGCGGCAGGACCUGGCUCGCGACCUCGGCCUGAACGAGAGUCAAAUCAAGAUCUGGUUCCAAAAUAAACGCGCCAAAAUAAAAAAGCAGUCCGCAGGCCAGAAGAACCCGCUGGCGUUGCAGCUGAUGGCGCAAGGGCUGUACAACCACUCGACCAUCCCCAUCCGAGAGGAGGACGACGAGAAGAUCCUGCCGCCUGUAUGAUCCUCGGUCUACGGGUCGUCCCUUCCCUACCAGAGCCGCUGAGACGAGGAGGAGGACGAGGAGGAGGAGAUCGAGGGGCUCCCAAGACGACGGCAGGAGCGAUGGAGGACGCGGGGAAAGGAGGACGACGACGACGACGAAGUGACGACUUCGAACGACGACGUCCUGAGUCUAGGGGACGACUCUCGCGUGGCUGACCGGAGCUGGCGAGGUCGUCCGGACGGGAGGCUAGCGAGCGCGAAACGACGACGGACGUGUAUGCAUAGGAAAACGACUUCUCAGAACCAGUCCCAGUUGAUGGUGUCGAAGGAGGAAGACCUCGGUGCUCCUACAUGGCUCCUGUUUCUCCUCCCAGUGAUUUCUCGUAAAGGUUUAACACAAGAGAUAAAGAGAGAGAGAGAUAAAGAGAAAGAGAAAGAGAGAGAUAAAGAUAGAGAGAGUGGUGGAGAGAGAGAGAGAAUGAAAAUGAUCGCAUUCUCUGAUUCUCACCUGACGAAAAAUAUGUGUUGGUGUCUCCGGAUGGCAAAUCUGGUCGUCCGUGGCUUCCGGAGGCGAGCGCUGGGAAGAAAUCCGGCAAAAAGUGAUAAAGAGAUAAUUGUGUCCAAAAGAGGCAAAACACGCGAUUAUUUAAGACAAGUGAUGAAGGACCUCAACUUCGUCUGUCUGUCAAAGAGGUGUUGCCUAUUUGGUCGACUGAGAACCUCCCGAACUAUGUCUCUUUUCCCUUGUAAAAUCAGGCUCUCGUCUUCUCUUCAGUAAUACAAAAUAAAAUAGAAAAAUGUUGACAAAACAAACACGAUGAUCACUUCAUCGGAAGUAGUGAUGUUCCAACACAGGCAUAUUAACAAGAAUAGUUUGUUGUCAUAAGUCUUUAGAAUAAUGUGCAUACGAGUGAGUAAAUAACAGGGAAUAUGCAGAUGUAAAAAGAACAUUGGAAGUGAUUGGUGAAAGAAACUUUUUUAUUCUAAUGUCGUGAACAAAAAUGAAACUAUAUAAUCGCCUUCGAGUAAUUAGAACUUUUAACUUUGAUCACUACAGGCGAUUUUUUAAACAAACUCUGAACACCUUUUUAAGAUGAAGAAGAAUAAAGUGUAUAUCACUGCUUCUACCGUGGAUGAAAUAGACUGUCUAUCACAUGACUGGCAUCUGUAUUAUAUGUAGUGGUAUACUAAUACCUGCUGAACUGUUCUGCUCUGUAAAUGGCAAAACCUCUAGAAUAAUUUAUGGUGUAUUUAUAUGGUACCAUUGCUGUUCGUAAUGGUAAUCUACUCACACAUUGGACUCAGGUGUUCUUGUUUUUUUAAUUAUUAUUUUUUGUUCAGUUUUUUUGUUUUGUUUUUCCUCCUCACGUUUAAUUUGAAUAUUAAUUUGAUGAUUAAACGUUAUGCGAUGUUGAUACACACAGAAUUUAUAGCCUGUAUUAUUCAGUCGAUUCAACAUUCCCUGGGAUUUCUGUUCUAAGCAAGUUAGAAGGAUUAACAAAAAUCAAUGGCUAUGAUGUAUGCCGCACACACACACACACACACACACACACACACACACACACACACACACACACACA